GUCGUCACUUCUCCUUCUCGUCCCAGCCCCUUUUCCCUCUCCCUCGAACAUGGCCAUGCUUCCACGCGCCGCUCGUCCUGCCCUUGUGGCCAGCGGCUUCUCGGCCCCCAUUGCCCGGCAGGGAGUCGCCGCCGCCGCAGGUUUCCACUCGUCCGCCGUGCAGCAGCAAACGCUGAGGGAGCUCGAGCAGCGCAUCAAGUCGGUCAAGAACAUUGAGAAGAUCACCAAGUCGAUGAAGAUGAUUGCGUCUACGAAGCUCACCAAGGCUCAGCGUGCCAUGCAGGCCGCCAAGGUGUACGGCCAGGCCAACAACGAGGUCUUUGAGCAGUCCGAGGCUACCGCUCCCGAUGGCGGCCGGGAGCUGUACAUUGUUUGCUCGUCGGACAAGGGCCUUUGCGGUGGUAUCCACUCCUCCGUCUCGAAGCGCGCCAAGGCCGAAUUUGGCAAGCACGGCGGUGCUGCUGCUUCGGCGGACUCGACUGAGGGACCCAGCAUCGUCGUUCUGGGUGACAAGGCCAAGGCUCAGCUUUCGAGGACCCUGGGCAAGAACAUUGCCGUUUCCUUCAACCAGGUUGGCAAGGAUGUUCCCACGUUUGCGGAGGCCAGCGCCAUCGCCGACAAGAUUGUCUCGAGCGGCAUCAAGUUCGACAAGGUCAACAUCAUCUACAAUGCCUUCGUCUCUGCCAUCUCCUUCGAGUCGAGGAUCAUGCAGGUCUUCAGCGAGGAGUCCUUGGAGAAGGCUCCCAAGUUCGGUCUUUACGAGCUGGAGGAGGACACGCUGAAGGACCUGGCGGAAUUCUCGCUGGCCAACGCCAUCUACGCUGCUCUUGCUGAGGGACACGCCGCUGAGAUCAACUCGAAGCAAAACGCCAUGGACAACGCUUCGAAGAACGCUGGAGAGAUGAUCACAAACCUGGGAAUGGCCUACAACCGUGGUCGACAGGCCCAGAUUACCAACGACCUCAUCGACAUUAUCACGGGUGCCUCGGCUCUUUAAGUCUGCUAACUCCCUGUGUACAUGAUAUCGUAGAGGGCCAGUGGACCGACGGCAAGAAUACAAUUGAAAGCUUCUGCUACUCUCA